CGCCACUUCCUACAGCCUCUGAACUUCCCAGCCAGUCACCUCAAGCUUCCUAUAAGUAAUUGUAAUGUAAUUGGACUUGUUUGGAGCAGAUAUAUAAAUAUUGUUCCUUUAAGAACUGGAAAGAAUAAUGAGAUAUUUACGAUGACUGUCUUCUUACUAUUCGCACUGUUAAAUCUACUGCGGAUAUCCUGUCUGCUGGGUGCCAAAACAUUUCUAAUCUACAAUGACUCCAGCAAGCAAUGUCUACAAGCAGAGAAUUCUGGGCUCGUCAUGGCUGAAUGUAAUGAAAAGUCUACAAUGCAGAAAUUUCAAUGGAUUUCUGAAGAUCAGCUUAUAAAUGUGGGGACAUCACAAUGUCUGUCUGUAUCAUCUCUAGUAGAAGGGUCAGCAGUGACGCUGAAUACAUGUGAUGGCAAAAGUGGUCUCCAAAAAUGGGAAUGUAAGAAUGAGACUUUGUUUGGGGUCCAGAAAGUUGAUCUUUACAUGACCGACAGAGAUAGAGGAAAAGUUGUCCUCUCUUCACAACCAAAAGACGGGAGUCGAUGGAAAAUCUAUUCAACUGAUGAUGAUUUAUGUGUUAAUUCUUAUGAAGAAUUAUACACUUUAGAAGGAAAUAGUAAUGGUCAGCCCUGCAAGUUCCCUUUUAUGUUUGACAAAAAAAUGUACAUAGAUUGUACAACUGCUGGACGAUCCGAUGGAAGACUCUGGUGCGCCACAACUUCAGAUUAUGACACGGACAUGUUGUUUGGAUUUUGUCCUUCUAAAUCCACAUCUGACAUCUUGUGGACAACAGAUCCUAUUAGUGGUGUCUUCUAUCAGAUUAAUUCCGAUUCAGCCCUCACCUGGUACCAAGCGAGAAUAAGCUGCCAGCAACAAGAUGCAGAACUGCUGAGUAUAACUGAACUACAUGAACAAACCUACAUCUCAGGAUUGAUGAAUGGUCUCACCACAAGUUUAUGGAUUGGACUCAAUAGUCUGGACUUUAAUACUGGCUGGAGAUGGGAUGGCGGAGAUCCCUAUAGAUAUCUUAACUGGCUUCCAGGAAAUCCAUCAGAUGAACCCGGUGUGAACUGUGUAGUGGUAAAUCCUGGAAAAAACACAAAGUGGGAAAGCAAGGAAUGCAAACAAAAACUGGGCUAUAUCUGUAAGAAAGGCAACAGCAAGUCCUCAGAGGUCCCCUCUCCAGGGACUAGUGACCCCACAUUUUGUCCUUCAACAUGGACCCCUUAUAAUGGAUACUGCUAUCACCUAGUUAAUGAAUCAAGGACUUGGAAGGAUGCUAUGUUGUCUUGCAGGAAAGAAGAGGGUGAUCUUGUAAGUGUGCACAAUAUUGAAGAAGCAAGUGCUAUUGCAUCACAGUUUGUAUUUGGAGAUGCAGAGUAUGUUUGGCUUGGGUUAAAUGACUUGAAGACUCAACAAUUUUUUGAAUGGAGCGAUGGCUCUCCAGUGGCGUAUACAACCUGGCAAAGAAGAGAACCAUCUCACCUCAAUAGCAGACAAGAGGACUGUGUUGCAUUAUUCACUAAGGAUGGACAAUGGGUAGAUGAGAUAUGUGAGAAAAUGUUUCCAUAUAUUUGCAAAAGAAAAUCCCUGCCGAAUGACCAAGGGCCAGUUAUCGAUGAUCACCCUGGAUGUGACGAGGGUUGGAAGAGACACGGCUUCUACUGCUAUUUAAUAGGUGAAUUGCCGAGUACAUUUCCAGAAGCUAACAGCACGUGCAAUCGUCGUGGAGCCUUUUUGAUGACUGUUGAAGACAGGGUUGAACAGGCCUAUAUAACAAGUCUGAUUGGGUUUAGACCAGAGAAAUAUUUCUGGACCGGACUCUCUGAUACGGAGGAUAAGAACACUUAUAAAUGGGCCAAUGGGCAAGAGGUUUUAUAUACACACUGGAACGCACACAUGCCUGACAGAAGACAGGGCUGUGUCGCGAUGGGAACUGGAACCAAAGCCGGACUAUGGGACGUUAUAAACUGUGAAGAAAAGACUAAGUAUGUGUGCAAAAAGUGGGCACAAGGAGCAACAAUUUUUCCGCCUAGCCCUGCGACACCAUUGCCUAUCCCAUGUCCAAUUGACUGGACUCCAUCAGGCAAUGCAUGCUUCAAGUAUUACUCUGAUGAAAAGUAUGAAGAAAAGUCCUGGUAUGAAGCAAGAGAAUUUUGCAGAGCUAUAGGAGGUGACUUGCUUAGUAUCAUAAGCAGUGAAGACGAGACGGCUGUGUUAUCAAUGAUGAGUUCUCAUGGCAGCUAUAAACCUAUCUGGAUUGGACUAAAGUACAGUAAUCCUGAUGAAGGCCCUACAUGGUCAGAUGGCUCACCUUUUAGUUAUGAAAGCUGGUACUAUCAGGAACCGGACACUGACAACGGGCAGGAGUCCUGUGGGGCGCUGUUUGGUUUUAGAUUAAAGUGGCGUAUUGUACAUUGUGAUACUACAUGGCAAUGGAUUUGUAAACUGAAAAAAGAAGCAAUAUUAAAGGAAGAACCAAAACCUAUUGAAUAUGAAUUUACAAGUGACGGCUGGCUAAUCUAUAAUGACAGACAAUACUAUAUUAGCAAGGAUCAAGUUCCGAUGGAGAAAGCGCAAGAAUUUUGUAAUCGUAAUUUUUCUCAUCUUGUCACCAUUAAUAGUGAUCUUGAGCAGAAAUUCCUCUGGAAAUAUAUUUCAACCAAAAGAACAGAACCUGCUUAUUACAUUGGCCUACGUUUGGGACUGGAUAAAGCUUUUAAGUGGAUGGAUGGUUCUCCAAUUGACUUUGUUGCCUGGGGAAAAAACCAACCAAACUUUUCUAAUAAUGAUGAGUUUUGCACUGAAAUCCUUACCCACAAAGGACUGUGGAAUGACAUAAAUUGUGGUUAUCCCAAUGCAUUUAUCUGUGAAAGGACAAAUAGUUCUAUCAAUACAACAUUUGCCCCAACAAUACCUGCACCAGAUGGUGGGUGCCCAUCAGAUUGGCUCUCAUUUGGACAAAAGUGUUAUCUGAUAUCUGGUGCAGAAGAAGAUAAAGGAGUUCACUGGGAUGACGCCAGACGUGACUGUCAGUCCUUAGGAGGAAAUCUGGCCACCAUAAAUAAUGAUUUGGUACAAUCUUUUUUGAUGUCUAAUUUAAGAAAUGUUAAGCUUGAUGUGUGGAUCGGAUUACAUGACAAGAAUAAAGAAAACAAGUUUGUUUGGACGGAUCAAAGUGGAGUGUAUUAUACCAACUGGGCCAAAGGUCGUCCAAAUAUUUUUAGAUAUCAUAAUGACAAUUGUGUGGCUUUGCAAUAUGGGAGUAUAUUGGAUGCUGGCAAGUGGAUUGAUAUGGAUUGUAGGCUGAACAGAGGAUACAUCUGCCAGAAAUAUAAAGAUCCACGUCUUCCAGUUAUUCCAACCACUCCUUCUGCCAGUAACUACUAUACCUACGGAGAUGCCAGAUACAAGUUUGAUAAAACCAAGAGGAGUUGGGACGAAGCGCGUCAGGAGUGCCGGAAGGAUAAUUCACAGCUAGCCAGCAUCUUAGACGAGUACACCACAUCUUUUCUAAAACUCCACUUGGUUAAACAUGAGGAGCCUUUUUGGAUCGGCCUAUACAGUAGUAAUGAGACUAAAAACAGAUAUAAAUGGGUUGAUAACUGGAAAAUUCACUACACAAAAUGGGCGGCUGAGGAGCCAAGCAAAGACCUUUCCUGUGUAUAUGUGGAUACGGAUGGACAAUGGAAGACAUCAUCUUGUAAUGAGAGUUAUUCUUCAAUCUGCAAAAAAACAAAUGCUGUUGCUUCUACCAACCCACCUGAUACACCUGGAUUGUGUCCAAACACAAGUUCUAAGGCCUGGAUUCCCUUCGGUAACCACUGCUAUUUUUUUGAAACAUCUUCGGCUGUUUGGUGGCAGGAGGCAACCUUAGAAUGUCUUCAUCAUGGUGGCAGUUUAACUUCAAUUGAAGAUUUGGCUGAAUUAGAUUUCCUCCACCUUCAUACUGAGCUACUCAGUGAUCGGCAAGAAACAUUUUGGAUUGGACUUUACAAGAAUGUGGAAGGUAAGUGGCUUUGGUUCGACAAAACACCAAUGGACUUUGUAAACUGGAACAAUGAAGGACCCCAUGGAGAAAUGUCUUCAAAGUGUGUAAUGAUGAAUGCCAGAAAAGGAACGUGGGACAUGACCAGGUGUACUGGAUACAGAGGGUAUAUAUGUAAGACACUGAAAACUCUGCUGCCCACAGAAACGCUAACAGAGAAACAAGAAGAAAAGCCCUCGCAUGGCGUGACUAUUGGUGUGGUUCUUCUGGUCAUAUUGGUCGUUGCUGCCUCGGCCAUUGCAGUCUUCUUUGUAUAUAGGAGGAAAUGGAACAAGUCCCAACCCGAAAAUAGUUUCAAUAACAGAAUAUACUUUGACAGUAACUGUGAAGCUGCGACACAAGACGGAAAUGCCUUAGUGGAAAAUAUUGUGCAAAAUGAAGCAGAAUCUUCCUAAUUCAAGUCAAAUCCAACCGUAACUGUGCAAAUAAUGUCCAAUAAAUAAUAAAUAAAUAAAUAA